AUGUGCGACCAAAUCCCAAAAUGGAACGUGGUCCACAAACUCGAGAAAAAGAAGCUCCUGAUCGGCAUCAACAGCGUCGCGGCACUCUCAAUCCUCUUCUUCGGCUAUGACCAGGGCAUGAUGGCCGGCGUGAACAACUCCAAAGACUACAUCGAGCUGAUGGGGUUUGGCUACACCGAGAUGGUGGACGGACACCCGUCCCCCGUCGUCACGAAUAGUCUGCUGCAAGGGGGCAUCGUGUCGGUGUAUUAUCUGGGCACGCUGUGUGGCGCCUUCCUGGGGGGCUGGACCGGGGAUCGCGUGGGGAGAAUCAGGACCAUCGCGGCGGGUGCGGUGUGGGCGACGCUGGGGGCUGCGUUGCAGUGUUCGGCGCAGAAUCAUAAUUGGAUGAUUUGCUUGGAAUGGUUGGCUGAUGAGAAGAAUGCACGUCUAGCUCGAUUCAUCAAUGGAAUUGGAACGGGGAUCCUAAACGCCAUCGUGCCUGUGUGGGCGACCGAGACGGCCGAACAUACCUCCCGGGGGCAAUUCAUUGCGAUUGAAUUCACCUUGAACAUUUUUGGCGUCGUGUUGGCGUACUGGCUGGAAUUUGGUCUCUCGUUCAUCGAUAACGGCAAUUCCCCCUUCCGAUGGCGAUUCCCCAUCGCUUUCCAGAUCAUCUUCCUUAUCUUGCUUUUUGUGGUUGUGUGGUUCUUCCCCGAAUCGCCCCGGUGGCUCGUCAAGGUCGGUCGCGAGCAAGAAGCACGGUAUAUUCUCGGUCGACUGCGCGGGAGCAGCGACGAGGAUGUCGUUCGCGCGGAGGCCGAAUUCCGGGAUAUUCAGAGCGUCGCCGAGAUGGAACGCUCGAUGAACCAUAGCACGUCCUACCUGGCGAUGUUGUUCGGGUAUAAGACGGGUAAACUGCAUCUCGGCCGUCGGGUGCAGCUGGUCGUUUGGUUGCAGAUCAUGCAGGAGUGGGUUGGGAUUGCUGGAGUGACUGUUUAUGCGCCGACGAUCUUCAGUAUUGCGGGGUUCGAUUCGAUGAAGAGUCAAUGGAUUAGUGGAUUGAAUAACGUGUUCUACAUGUUCGCCACUCUCAUCUGCGUCUUCACGCUCGAUCGCAUCGGCCGUCGCUGGACGCUCUACUGGGGUUCUACGGCGCAAGGCAUCGCCAUGUUCCUGGCAGGAGGAUUCUCACGACUGGCCAUCAACGCGCGAAACGCAGGGAAUACCCCUCGCGCGGACUCGUUCGGCGCGGCGGCAGCCUCAAUGGUGUUCAUCUUCACCUCGGUAUUCGGGGCUACAUGGUUAACAGUACCCUGGAUCUAUCCAGCGGAAAUCUAUCCCUUGGCUGUACGGGCACGCGGCAACGCCUGGGGCGUGGUAGGCUGGAGUAUCGGUAACGGAUGGCUGACCCUCCUCUGCCCGGUGAUGUUCGAGUCCAUCGGCGAAAAAACCCUCUACGUCUUCGCCGCCAGCAACGUGAUCACCAUCCCGAUGGUGUGGGCACUCUAUCCCGAAAGCAACCAGCGCACGCUGGAAGACAUGGACCUGCUGUUCGCGGCGGAGACGCCGUGGGUGUGGGAUGCGGAGCGCACCUUUGCGCGCCUGAAGGCGGAGAACCCGGGGUUUGUGGAUGCGGCGAGUCGCAAGAAUAGUGUCUUGGAUGCGGAGGUGGGGAUGGUGCAUGAGGAGGUUGCUGUUCCUGCUAGGUAG